CUGGCAGGUCCCUCCCCCAUGCCUGCUCCCGCGGCCGCCGCCGCCGCUACCGGAGGCACAGGAGCCUCGCGAUAGUGUUUGCACAGGCGGCGCGUGACGCCGCCGCCGCCUGUAACUGAUGCAGAGGUUACCCCGCCGCCUCAGCCGCCACCCACCGCCCGCCGCCGCCGCCGCCGCCACCCAGGCGACGCCGGGGGCCGACGCACUGCAGAGGUGCCGGCAGGUUCCGCUCGCGGAAGUCUCCUCGGCCGGCGCAGCCCGCGCUCCGCCUGCGCUCCGCCUGCACUCCGCCGGGCGCCCCCUCGACGCCUCCGCCGCCGCGCUCCUUCCCUCCGCCUCUUCCCCGGCGCGCCCGCCUGCUCCCUCGCUUCUCCCCCUUUUCCUCCUCCCCGUCCCCUCUCCUCCCCUCACCUCUUCCCUUCCUACCUCCCCCCUUCUCGGUUUCCUCCCCCAUCCCCUUGACUCUCCCCUCCCUGCCCUCGCUCCCUCGCUCGCCCUCAGCGCGGCCCCCGCCAUGACGGAGGCGGGUGCCGGUGCCGUUGCCGCCGCUGCCGUCGCAGGGGGGGAGUCGGGUUCCCAGAAAGUAGCUUGAUGAGUGUCCAAAGUAGCAGUGGAAGUUUGGAGGGGCCGCCAUCUUGGUCCCAGCUCUCCACGUCUCCAACCCCGGGCUCGGCGGCGGCGGCCAGGUCCCUGCUGAAUCACACGCCGCCAUCCGGGAGGCCCAGGGAAGUUGCAAUGGAUGAGCUUCAUAGUCUGGAUCCAAGAAGGCAAGAAUUAUUGGAAGCUAGAUUUACAGGAGUUGCAAGUGGGAGCACUGGAAGCACUGGCAGUUGCAGUGUUGGAGCAAAAGCCUCAACAAAUAAUGAAAGUUCUAAUCACAGUUUUGGAAGCUUGGGAUCUUUAAGUGACAAAGAAUCUGAGACACCAGAGAAGAAACAAUCGGAAUCAUCUAGAGGAAGAAAGAGAAAAUCAGAAAACCAGAAUGAAAGUAGUCAGGGAAAAAGUAUUGGGGGGCGUGGCCACAAAAUUAGCGACUAUUUUGAAUACCAAGGUGGGAAUGGCUCAAGUCCAGUAAGAGGCAUACCUCCUGCGAUCCGUUCUCCUCAAAAUUCGCAUUCACAUUCCACUCCUUCCUCAUCUGUUCGACCGAAUAGCCCUUCUCCUACUGCAUUAGCUUUUGGGGACCACCCUAUUUUACAACCAAAGCAGUUAUCCUUUAAAAUUACUCAGACUGAUCUCACAAUGCUGAAAUUAGCAGCAUUAGAAAGUAAUAAAAACCAGGACCUGGAAAAGAAGGAGGGUCGUAUAGAUGACUUGCUCAGGGCUAAUUGUGAUCUCAGACGGCAAAUAGAUGAACAACAAAAAUUACUUGAAAAAUACAAAGAACGAUUAAAUAAGUGCAUAUCAAUGAGCAAAAAACUGCUUAUUGAAAAGAGUACGCAAGAAAAACUGUCAAGCCGAGAGAAGAGUAUGCAAGACAGAUUACGCCUUGGGCACUUCACAACAGUUAGACAUGGUGCUUCAUUUACUGAACAAUGGACAGAUGGUUUUGCGUUUCAGAAUCUCGUGAAGCAACAAGAAUGGGUGAAUCAGCAAAGGGAAGAUAUUGAAAGGCAAAGGAAACUUCUAGCCAAGCGCAAACCUCCCACAGCUAAUAAUUCUCAGGCACCCUCUACCAAUUCUGAACCAAAACAAAGGAAAAACAAAGCAGUCAAUGGAGCAGAGAAUGAUCCCUUUGUUAGACCAAAUUUACCACAACUGUUGACUUUGGCAGAAUAUCAUGAACAGGAAGAAAUUUUCAAACUUAGACUAGGACAUCUCAAAAAGGAAGAGGCAGAAAUCCAGGCAGAACUUGAACGUUUGGAAAGAGUCAGAAAUCUUCACAUUCGAGAGCUCAAAAGAAUAAAUAAUGAAGAUAAUUCACAGUUCAAAGAUCACCCAACGUUAAAUGAAAGAUAUUUAUUACUUCAUCUGCUUGGUAGAGGUGGCUUUAGUGAAGUGUAUAAGGCUUUUGACCUUUAUGAACAAAGAUAUGCUGCUGUGAAGAUCCAUCAGCUUAAUAAAAGCUGGAGGGAUGAGAAGAAGGAAAACUACCACAAACAUGCCUGCAGAGAAUAUAGAAUACAUAAAGAACUGGAUCACCCUAGGAUAGUUAAACUCUAUGAUUAUUUCUCCUUGGAUACAGAUACGUUUUGUACAGUGUUAGAAUACUGUGAAGGCAAUGACUUGGAUUUCUAUCUGAAGCAACAUAAAUUAAUGUCAGAGAAGGAAGCUAGGUCUAUUGUAAUGCAAAUUGUAAAUGCACUAAGAUAUCUCAAUGAAAUCAAACCCCCUAUUAUACAUUAUGAUCUUAAGCCAGGAAACAUUCUUCUGGUAGAUGGCACAGCAUGUGGAGAAAUCAAAAUCACUGAUUUUGGUCUAUCUAAGAUUAUGGAUGAUGAUAGCUAUGGUGUAGAUGGAAUGGAUCUAACUUCUCAAGGGGCAGGCACUUACUGGUAUUUACCUCCUGAGUGUUUUGUGGUUGGAAAAGAACCACCAAAGAUUUCCAACAAGGUUGAUGUAUGGUCAGUUGGAGUCAUCUUCUUUCAGUGUCUUUAUGGUAGAAAGCCAUUUGGUCACAAUCAAUCUCAACAAGACAUUCUUCAAGAAAAUACAAUAUUAAAAGCCACAGAAGUCCAGUUCCCUGUAAAACCAGUUGUAAGCAGUGAAGCAAAGGCCUUUAUAAGACGCUGUUUGGCCUACCGAAAAGAAGAUCGGUUUGAUGUGCACCAACUGGCAAAUGACCCAUACCUUCUCCCGCACAUGAGAAGAUCAAAUUCUUCAGGAAACUUACACAUGGCUGGCCUCACAGCAUCCCCCACACCCCCUUCUUCAAGCAUAAUUACUUACUGAUUUUCCUCCAAAAUUGGCAUGGUAUCUUUGAAUUGCUUCCAGAUACACACUUGAGUUUGAGAGCAUUUGAUUGUUUUUGUUUCCUUUUUCACACAGACAUGGUUGUUUGUGAACUGAAGUUCUUCAUAGCGUCAUUUGUAUGAGAGUGGAUCAUGGACAAUGAAUAAAGUGUACACUUUGUAACCUUAAGCAGUGAAAGAUGACUGCCUGUUGCACAGAAACAGGAAUACCAUACUAAGGAGAAAAAUCGUUGUUUGGGGGAACACUGUAAAUAACGUUUAUAAUACUUAAAUACAUUUGGUUGUUACUAGAGAGUUCUAAUAUGAAGGGUAGUUUUUCAUUAUUUAAAAACACACGGAAAAAAUAUUUCUAACACAAGAACUAUAGUGCCUGGAUACAUUCUUCAGCAUUCAGCAGUUAACCUGCUGAAACCAAAGUAAGAACUGAAUGGCAGUGACAGUUGUGUUUUGUAGUAGUAGAAUGUGAGAGUUAGCAUCUUUGGACAAAGUUAGACUUUGUCACUUGCCUAUUCUGGCUUUUACCAAGUUGUACCUCGGAGUCACAUGUCCGUUCCCCACCCCACACACACUAGUCAUGUUAACGGGAGAGCUGUUAUGUCUAGAUACUUUACACCUUUGACAAAAUGAGCUGCUUGUUUUGAAAUCAGUUGAAUUCGCUAAAUUGCAUUAUCUCUGGUGUUUUCAACAUGUUAGAAUUAAAAUUAUUUUCCCUUUAUUACCAGGCCUUGUUCAUAAACAAGUGAUAGUAUGUGACCAAAUGUGGACCAGACCAGUUCUAUGCAGGAUAAUGAUAAAGUUCCCUUCUAGCUCUAUUGUAAAUUGUUGUACAGAUGUUGUAUUUCAAUUACCAAGUUUCAGCAGCUUAUUCUUGUACAAAUGUUUAAAAAUACGGCUUUUCUAAUUGGAUAUUGUAUUUUUUUUAAGUCUUCUUGAAGGCGCUUUAAUUGCUGCUAAAUGACGUUGCUUCUUUGCUAAAAAAUUUAAUGACCUCUUUAAAGGUGCAAGUUGACUGUACAUCAUAGAGAGAUAUUAAAGGUUGGCAUUCAUUAACAAUCAAGGCAUGUAAAAAUGAUCCUUCUUGGACAUAUUAGGGUUCACUAAAUCAGCUUCUUGGGUUCUAGGGCUGUGGAGCACAUAGAUACUAGAUUUAUAAAUUGUUCAUGUUUAUCCUACAUUUCUAGAAGGUUCUUAUCAGCAAGGUGGGAUGAUGGUCCCAUAAACAAGUUUCUUGUGGUUUGUACAGAUUUGUUAAAAUGUGAACAUUUUCUAACUGCCUUGUAUGGUAGAAACCAUUAUUUUUCAGGAUGUUGUAUUUUACUCCUGUAAGAAUUAUUUGUCACAUUCAUAAUGCUGAUACUUACAUGUAAGUUGUCCAUGUUGCGGAAAAAGGAGGUGAUACCACAGAUUCUCCUUAUAAUAUUGUACAGUUAAACUGUGGCUCUUAUUUCUCAUGUUGCAAGCCAUUUUGUUUUUUCAUUGUACAUAUAGACACAUUGUCUCUUUAAGAUGCUGCUGAAAUUGUAGAGAAUGUAGCCAAAACAGUAAUAAACAGUGACAAUUAAAAUUUAA